AUGGAGGGCGGAAAAUGUUACAACGGAGGGGAAGGGGUAAACGGAGGGAAAGAUAGCUACAAAUGGAGGGAAAAAGUAGUCUACACAGGAGGGAAGGGGUAGUUUCACACUGGGAGGGGUAUUUAAAGAUUUUAAAAGGGGGGGGGAGUCAAACACUGGAGGAGAGUAGUUAAAAAUGGAGGGAAAAAGAGCUAAAACCCUGGAGGGAGAGUAGCCCCACACUGGGGGCAGAGUAGCCCCACCCCGGGGGGGGGCCCAAAGGGGGAAAUAGUUACACACUGGAGGGAAAAGUAGUUAACCGGAGGGAAGAGUAGGUACACAUGGAGGGGAGUGCCUCCAUGGGGGAGAGUAGCACACACUGGAGGGCCCGAGUAGCAAAAACUGGAGGGGGGCUAACGGGGGGAGUAUAAACUGGAGGGAAGAGUUUGCAUAAAUGGAAAGGGAAAGGGGGGUAGCAACACUGGAGGGGAGAGUAGUUCCCCACGGAGGGAGAGUAGCUACACACUGGAGGGAAAAGUAGCUCACACGGGGGGAAAGGGUAGUUUAAAAGGAGGGGAAGAGUUAAACGGGGGGGAAAAAAAAGGAGGGAAAAUUCUACACAUGGGGGAAAGGGUUUUUAAAAAGGUGUUUGGAGGGGGGUUUAAAAAACGGGGGGUUUUUAAAAAAAUUUUGGGGGCCCGAGUAGAAAAUGGAGGGGGGCCCGAUUUCCCAAUAGGGGGGGUAUUAAACUGGGGGGAAAUCACACAAUGGAGGAAGGAGCGGGAAGGAGGGAAGGUCUGCAUGGGGGAGGAAAAUGUUAAAAGGAGGGGAAAGGGUUUCCCGGGGAAAUUCUUAAAAUCUUCCCAAAAUAAAAGGGGGUUCAAAAAUGACCACAGGGAAAACACCAAAACAAACUAGGGAAAUUAUCUUGGAGGGGGGGAAAGGGGUUUGGAGGGGAUGGCCCCUGGGGGAAGAAAAGUUUGGGGGUUCUACACCACUGGGGAAGGUUGUUUGGGGGGGGUUUUGUGGGGGGAAGAUACUAACCAAAAAAUCACCUGGGGGGAAAUGAACCUGGAGGGGGAGAAAUUUAAAACCAGGGGGAAAAAGCAAAUGGGGGGAAAAGUGUAAACUGGGGGGAACGGUAGUUUAAAGGGGGGGGAAUUUAAAAACCAUCAAUACCCCUGGGGGGGGUGCUUUAACAGGGGGAAAAGUUCCCCGGGGGAAAAGUUCUACCCAGGGAAAAAUAUUAAACUAGGGGUUUUUUUUAAAUUCUACAAACGGGGGGAAAUCAAACCUGGAGGGAGGUAAUCCCCCAAAGGGGGGGGGAAAUUCAGUAUAAGGAAGAAAAAAAAUUUUUUCCCACCGGGGGGGACCCCCCCAAAACCCCCAAAGGGGAAAACACACUUUACACACCCGUGUUUCUGUAGCCUGUAUUAUCCGUUUUGAGUUUUUUAUGGGUCACACACUGGAGUAAUACCAGGAGAAAAGUAGUCUACACACUUAGGUAUGUAUUGUAAAUGGGGAGUGUCUACACACUGUAAGAGUUGAGAGAAAUCUCAACUGGAUAAAAAUCAACCUUUGUUGUUAAAAAUAUUUUUUGGGGGCCAUGAUUAAAAAGAGCUACUAUUUUUUUUUUCUCAACUGGUAAUUGAAAUGCGCUUCCCAUUCACCAUUCAAAUGUAUAGGCAACGGAAGGAAGGCUUCAUCAGCGCUUUGCAAUGAGCUGGAGGCAGUAUGCAUUUAGAAAACGUCUCUCUAAUUCUCUCUUGCGCACGCGCACACACACACACACACACACACACACACACACACAAACUUUCAGGGAAAUACUGUAGCGUUGGACUAGGGGUGUGUCGGCUGUGUUGCUUUGCCCUUCCGGGUCUGAGAACAAUGUUGCCGUCUGACACCAACUCUGACUGGUGAAUUGUGUGUUUGUGUGUGUGUGUGUGUGUGUGUGUGUUUGAGGAUUACUAACAUAAUCACCUGAAAUUGACCUGGACAUGGCAGAGCACAGAUAAUAUUUCCAGUCAGAUUUGAUAUUGAAGUUUAACACCCUAGUAUGAGCUGAAUGACAUAUUACCUUUGGUGGAUAAUCCACCGUUGAAGUCGGAAGUUUACGUACAUCUUAGCCAAAUACAUUUAAACUCAGUUUUUCCACAAUUCCUGACAUUUAAUCCUAGUAAAAAUUCCCUGUCUUAGGUCAGUUAGGAUCACCACUUUAUUUUAAGAAUGUGAAAUGUCAGAAUAAUAGUAGAGAGAAUGAUUUAUUUCAGCUUUUAUUUAUUUCAUCACAUUCCCAGUGGGGUCAGAAGUUUACAUACACUCAAUUAGUAUUUGGGAGCAUUGCCUUUAAAUUGUUUAACUUGGGUCAAAUGUUUCGGGUAGCCUUCAACAAGCUUCCCACAAUAAGUUGGGUGAAUUUUGGCCCAUUCCUCCUGACAGAGCUGGUGUAACUGAGUCAGGUUUGUAGGCCUCCUUGCUCGCACAUGCUUUUUCAGUUCUGCCCACAAAUGUUCUAUAGGAUUGAGGUCAGGGCUUUGUGAUGGCCACUCCAAUACCUUGACUUUGUUGUCCUUAAGCCAUUUUGCCACAAAUUUGGAAGUAUGCUUGGGGUCAUUGUGCAUUUGGAAGACCCAUUUGCGACCAAGCUUUAACUUCCUGACUGAUGUCUUGAGAUGUUGCUUCAAUAUUUCCACAUAAUUUUCCUUCCUCAUGAUGCCAUCUAUUUUGUGAAGUGCACCAGUCCCUCCUGCAGCAAAGCACCCCCACAGCAUGAUGCUGCUACCCCUGUUCUUCACAGUUGGGAUGGUGUUCUUCGGCUUGCAAGCAACCCCCUUUUUCCUCCAAACAUAACGAUGGUCAUUAUGGCCAAACAGUUCUAUUUUUGUUUCAUCAGACCAGAGGACAUUUCUCCAAAAGUACGAUCUUUGUCCCCAUGUGCAGUUGCAAACCGUAGUCUGGCUUUUUUAUGGCGGUUUUGGAGCAGUGGCUUCUCCCUUGCUGAGCGGCCUUUCAGGUUAUGUCGAUAUAGGACUCGUUUUACUGUGGAUAUAGAUACUUUUGUACCUGUUUCCUCCAGCAUCUUCACAAGGUCCUUUGCUGUUGUUCUGGGAUUGAUUUGCACUUUUCGCACCAAAGUACGUUCAUCUCUAGGAGACAGAACACGUCUCCUUCCUGAGCGGUAUGACGGCUGCGUGGUCCCAUGGUUUUUAUACUUGCGUACUAUUGUUUGUACAGAUGAAGGUGGUACCUUCAGGCAUUUUGAAAUUGUUCCCAAGGAUGAACCAGACUUGUGGAGGUCUACAAUUUUUUUUCUGAGGUCUUGGCUGAUUUCUUUUGAUUUUCCCAUGAUGUCAAGCAAAGAGGCACUGAGUUUGAAGGUAGGCCUUGAAAUACAUCCACAGGUACACCUCCAAUUGACUCAAAUGAUGUCAAUUAGCCUAUCAGAAGCUUCUAAAGCCAUGACAUCCUUUUCUGGAAUUUUCCAAGCUGUUUAAAGGCACAGUCAACUUAGUGUAUGUAAACUUCUGACCACUGGAAUUGUGAUACAGUGAAUUAUAAGUGAAAUAAUCUGUCUGUAAACAAUUGUUGGAAAAAUGACUUGUGUCAUGCACAAAGUAGAUGUCCUAACCGACUUGCCAAAACUAUAGUUUGUUAACAAGAAAUUUGUGGAGUGGUUGAAAAAACGAGUUUUAAUGACUCCAACCUAAGUGUAUGUAAACUUCCGACUUCAACUGUAUAUAGCCGACAUGUUGCAUCAUAAUGGGGAAAACAUCAUUUAAAAGAUUGCAUUUAUCCAUCACACCAAGUAACAGGCUAGUGUGUGGGUUAACGCUAGCUGCCUAUAGCAGACCAGCCCACGUCUAUAGGCUACUGCUGCCUCACUGGUUGAGAGGGCAACUGUUAAAGCGCACAUAGCAGACAGGGGAGUGCGUAAUUCGCGUCUUCAUUUAGGAGACACAGUGGCAUUGGCAACGGAGGAUUGAGGAUUCUACUACGACUACACAGGAACUUCCGGUGUCUUUUACUUCUUUUUUGUAAAGGUGUUUUGGAUUGGACCGGAACCAGCGCGUGAGCGAGAGAGAGAUGGGGGACCGGCGCGGGAAGCUGGCGCUCCUCUCUCCCGGCGCACCGAAGCCCUCCGUCUCCAAGGAGGGAACAUUCCAGCUGCGUGUGAUCUUUCUGGACAACAGCGAGCGUGUGUUUGAGGUCAAGGUAAAUCAAAGCAAUUCUAUCAAUGUGUGUUAUGUUUAGGUUACUGUAAAAGACAACAGUCCAAGUGCUUGUAGCCUUGAUAAGAAAAUAAUAGGACUUCGCAUUGGUGAAGCAAUUACCAGAAACAUAUGACACAUAGCAGUUGUUUUUACAUAUCUAUUUAGUCUAUAUAGGGUUAAUAAUAAUAAUAAUUAAUAAUAAUAAUAUAAUAUAAUAAUAAUAAUAAUAAUAUAAUAAUAAUUAUAUAAUAAUAAUAAUAAUAAUAAUUAAUCAUUUAGCAGACGCUCUUAUCCAGAGCGACUUACAGGAGCAAUUAGGGUUAAGUGCCUUGCUCAAGGGCACAUCGACAGAUUUUUCACCUAGUCGGCUCGGAGAUGAGAACCAGCGACCUUUCGAUUACUGGCACAACGCUCUUAACCACUAAGCUACCUGCCGCCCUAUAUAUACUUAUACUCAUAACCCAUGACAAGAUGGAAAAUAUUUAUAGCGAUGUGUGUGUAUGUGUGUGUAUGUGUGUGUAUGUGUGGGGGCUCGUUUCCUCGCGGUGUUGUCCUUGUAAAGUAGCCCUUAUUCCUGGUCCCAUUAUCUGCGUGCAUGAUUUCUCUCUCAGAGCGUGCUGGUGACCGGAGCCUCGCGGGCCUUUACUGCCUCUCCCCUGAGCCAUGGAGGUAGGGAGGGAGGGAGGGAGGGAGGGAGGGAUGGAUGGAUGGAUGGAGGGAUGGAGGGAUGGAUGGAGGGAUGGAUGGAGGGAGGGAUGGAGGGAGGGAGGAAAGGAGGGACGGAUGGAGGGAGGGAGGGAGGGAUGGAUAGAGGGAAGGAAGGGAGGGAGGGAGAGUGGAAAAGAAAAGAGAAAGACCCCUGCUGUGUGUUUUGGUUAGGAGGUCAAGGGGGGGGCGGCAGAGAGAGAGUGUAAGAGAGAAAUAGAGAGAAAGAGAAAGAGUGAGAGCGAUAAAUAGAGAGAGAGAGAGAGAGAGAGAGAGAGAUGUGAAUAGCCUUGAGGAUAGUGGUGUGUUGACAAGGAGAGGGGUGAGUAGUAGCCUAUUCUUCCAGUGAGUUUGAGUUGAGUACCCCCAUCCUCUCUUGCCCCCAAUAGCCAGCCUCUGCCCCCAGGUUGAAAGAACUAUUAGCGGCCUGGACACAGAGAGAGAGGGGUGGAUGAUAUAUAGUCCUACCAUUCAAACAUACUAGUGACUAGAGAUUAGAGUUUGUGUGUGUUCAGCACCAAACCCACUACACUCCCUCUCUCUCCGGCCAGCUGACGGCUCUAAAUCGGUAGUUUGAUAGCCUAGUUGUUGAGAGUGUUGUAAGGGCGGACGUUAAACGUUGUUGAUGACCGUUUAUGGGACGGUUUUCCUUGCGCCUCGCCUCGCGGUCCCAUAAUGACACAGUAAUGAGAGGAUACACGCGCUCCCCCGUCGUGUCAGCAGGUCUAAAAACCGGGUUCGGUUGUGUCACAGUGCAAAAAAACGACUCACUCUCACGCCUAUCUCAUCUCCUCCGCCAGCGGCACCGGUAAUUAAGAUUCAGACAAGAGCGGGAAGGAAACAGCGUGUGACAGACCUGAGAACUCCCCUAAACAGUUGGGGUUGACGGAUCCCAAAACAGAGACACAGUAUUUUAUCGACGUGCGUCGCUCUGACGCAUUACGUCAUGGGGUAGGCUGACCUGUAAAUGGAAAAACGAACUAACUCACUGGAGAACGACAAUGAUGAAAGAUACGGAAAAUUAGAUAUAUGUUGUAAAUUAGUUAAAUAUAGCCUAUUAAAUAUAUUUUUUGCCUAUUUUUGGAAUUGUUACAUUUCACAUAAAAGUUGUGGUAAAAAAUUAAUAUAGUAGAAUGCACUGAACGUGUUUAUACUAUGACUAGAAAAAAGAAAUCGCUCACAAGCCGUUUCAGCACCAUGGUCAGCUCCAUCAACGGGUCCCUCAUCUAAUACUGCUAGUCUAAUGCACUAGAUUUAGAUGUUGCCUUUAUUUAAGCAGAUAAAUCAUUGAGAACACAUUCUCGUAUAUUACAAUAUCCACCGUACCGAGAGAUAAAGCAAUAAACCGAAAGCAAAAAUGUCUUAACAACAAACAACAUCAUCAUGAUUCUUAUCUCAACCUUUUACCUCGUUGGUAACUGAUGACUUCCUGUCUCUUCCUAUCCUCUCCACCACAGCAAAGGAUCCUGGGAUGUGACUUCUUCAACAAGGUGUGUGGCCACCUCAAGCUGCUGGAGAAAGAAUACUUUGGACUGGAGUUCAGACACCACACUGGCAGCUAUGUAAGUUAUUGACAUCACUCUGUAACCUACCAGACAGGGAGGUAAGUGUAACCUACUAGACAGGGAGGUAAGUGUAACCUACUAGACAGGGAGGUAAGUGUAACCUACUAGACAGGGAGGUAAGUGGUAAACCUACUAGACAGGGAGGUAAGUGUAACCUACUAGACAGGGGGUAGGUCCGAGGUAAGUGUAACCCUACUAGACAGGGAGGUAAGUGUAACCUACUACUAGGACCAAAGGUAAGUUGUAACCUACUAGACAGGGAGGUAAGUGUAACCUACUAGACAGGGAGGUGAGUGUAACCUACUAGACAGGGAGGUAAGUGUAACCUACUAGACAGGGAGGUAAGUGUAACCUACUAGACAGGGAGGUAAGUGUAACCUACUAGACAGGGAGGUAAGUGUACCCACUACACAAGGGGGUAAGUGUACCUACUAGACAAGGAGGUAGUGUAACCUACUAGACAGGGAGGUAAGUGUAACCUACUAGACAGGGGAGGUAAGUGUAACCUAACUAGACAGGGAGGUAAGUUUUAACCUACUAGACAGGGGGGUAAGUGUAACCUACAGACAAAGGUAAGUGUAACCUACUAGACAGGGGGGGGUAAGUGAACCUACUAGACAGGGAGGUGAGUGUAACCUACUAGACAGGGAGGUAAGUUAAACCUACUAGACAGGGAGGUAAGUGUAACCUACUAGACAGGGAGGUAAGUGUAACCUACUAGACAGGGAGGUAAGUGUAACCUACUAGACAGAGAGGUAAGUGUAACCUACUAGACAGAGAGGUAAGUGUAACCUACUAGACAGGGAGGUAGUGUAAAACCCACUAGACAGGGAGGUAAGUGUAAACCUACUAGACAGGGGGGGUAAGUUAACCUACUAGACAGGGAGGUAAGUGUAACCUACUAGACAGGGAGGUAAGUGUAACCUACUAGACAGGGAGGUAAGUGUAACCUACUAGACAGGGAGGUAAGUGUAACCUACUAGACAGGAGGUACGUUGUAACCUACAACAGUAAGUUAACCUACUAGACAAAGGUAAGUGUAACCUACUAGACAGGGAGGUAAGUGUAACCUACUAGACAAAGGUAAGUGUAACCUACUAGACAGGGAGGUAAGUGUAACCUACGUAAACAGGGAGGUAAGUGUAACCUACUAGACAGAGAGGUAAGUGUAAACCUCCAAUAGACAGAGAGGUAAGUGUAACCUACUAGACAGGGAGGUAAGUGUAACCUACUAGACAGGGAGGUAAGUGUAACCUACUAGACAGGGAGGUAAGUGUAACCUACUAGACAGGGAGGUAAGUGUAACCUACUAGACAGGGAGGUAAGUGUAACCUACUAGACAGGGAGGUAAGUGUAACCUACUAGACAGGGAGGUAAGUGUAACUACUAGACAGGGAGGUAAGUGUAACCUACUAGCCAAAGGUAAGUGUAAACCUACUAGAAGGGAGGUAAGUGUAAACCCACUAGCCAGGGAAGGUAAGUGUAACCUACUAGACAGGGAGGUAAGGUAACCUACCGCAAGGGAUGUAAGUGUACCUACUAGAAGGAGGUAAGUGUAACCUACAGACAAAGGUAAGUGUAACCUACUAGACAGAGAGGGUAAGUGUAACCUACUAGACAGGGAGGUAAGUGUAACCUACUAGACAGGGAGGUAAGUGUAACUACCCGACAGGGAGGUAAGUGUAACUUACUAGACAGGGAGGUAAGGUGGGAACCCACUAGAAGGGAGGUAAGUGUAACCUACUAGACAGGGGGGGUAAGUGUAACUAAUAGACAGGGAGGUAAGUGUAACCUACUAGACAGGGAGGUAAGUGUAACCCACUGACAGGGAGGUAAGGUAAAAUUACUAGACAGGGAGGUAAAGGUAACCUACUACACAGGGAGGGAAGUGUAACCUACUAAACAGGGAGGUAAAUGUAACCUACUACAAGGGAGGUAGUGGUAACCUACUAGACAGGGAGGUAAGUGUAACCUACUAGACAGGGAGGUAAGUGUAACCUACUAGACAGAGAGGUAAGUGUAACCUACUAGACAGAGAGGUAAGUGUAACCUACUAGACAGAGAGGUAACUGCUGAGAGAAAUACUUUAUACUGUGUUUGAUUGGAGUUCAAUUGAAUAUAAGUCUGUCCUGUUUGUUUCUUAUUCCAGGUGUGGCUGGAACAGUUGAAACCUCUAGCCAAUCAGAUCAGAGUAAGUCUGGGUGUGAGUAUGAGUAGUAGUAAACUGAGUGAGAAUAUGGUAUACAAAUUUCUUGAAGGGGGUAACGACGGCGCGAGUGAGGAGGAGGAGAGAGGAGCAGCAUGAGCUGAGAGCGAGCGCUAGAGCAGAGAGGGAAGGAGCGAGAGCGAGAGCUAAGCGAGAGUAAGCCAGAGAGAGAUCGCUUCUCUCUCUCUUCUCUCUGUCUCAUCUCAUCCUCUCUCUUCUCUCUCUCUCUCUCUGUAUGCUCCCUCUCUCCUCUCUACCUCUUCUCUCUAUCUCCCUCCCUCCCUCCCUCCCCUCUCCCUCUCAGACACCAGUGAUCUGUUCUUCAGAUUCAUCGUCAAGUUCUUUCCUCCAGACCCAGGGCAGCUGCAGAGAGGACUCACCAGGUGUGUGGUGUUAGUGUGUUAGUGUGUGUGUGUGUGUUAGUGACGUGCCUUCCCCAGAUACAUUAGUCAGUGAUAGUGUUUCUAUCAGUAGAGUAUCACUCACUAGGGCCAUCGUCAGUGAUAGUGUUUCUAUCAAUAGAGUAUCUCUCACUAGGGCCAUCGUCAGUGAUAGUGUUUCUAUCAAUAGAGUAUCUCUCACUAGGGCCAUCGUCAGUGAUAGUGUUUCUAUCAGUAGAGUAACACUCACUAGGGCCAUCGUCAGUGAUAGUGUUUCUGUCAAUAGGGGGUCUCUCACUAGGGCCAUCGUCAGUGAUAGUGUUUCUAUCAGUAGAGGGUCUCUCACUAGGGCCAUCGUCAGUGAUAGUGUUUCUGUCAGUAGAGGGUCUCUCACUAGGGCCAUCGUCAGUGAUAGUGUUUGUUUCUGUCAGUAGAGGGUCACUCACUAGGGCCAUCGUCAGUGAUAGUGUUUCUGUCAGUAGAGGGUCUCUCACUAGGGCCAUCGUCAGUGAUAGUGUUUCUGUCAGUAGAGGGUCUCUCACUAGGGCCAUCGUCAGUGAUAGUGUUUCUGUCAGUAGAGGGUCUCUCACUAGGGCCAUCGUCAGUGAUAGUGUUUCUGUCAGUAGAGGGUCUCUCACUAGGGCCAUCGUCAGUGAUAGUGUUUCUAUCAGUAGAGGGUCUCUCACUAGGGCCAUCGUCAGUGAUAGUGUUUCUAUCAGUAGAGGGUCUCUCACUAGGGCCAUCGUCAGUGAUAGUGUUACUGUCAGUAGAGGGUCUCUCACUAGGGCCAUCGUCAGUGAUAGUGUUUCUAUCAGUAGAGGGUCUCUCACUAGGGCCAUCGUCAGUGAUAGUGUUUCUGUCAGUAGAGGGUCUCUCACUAGGGCCAUCGUCAGUGAUAGUGUUUCUGUCAGUAGAGGGUCUCUCACUAGGGCCAUCGUCAGUGAUAGUGUUUCUGUCAGUAGAGGGUCUCUCACUAGGGCCAUCGUCAGUGAUAGUGUUUCUGUCAGUAGAGGGUCUCUCACUAGGGCCAUCGUCAGUGAUAGUGUUUCUAUCAGUAGAGGGUCUCUCACUAGGGCCAUCGUCAGUGAUAGUGUUUCUGUCAGUAGAGGGUCUCUCACUAGGGCCAUCGUCAGUGAUAGUGUUUCUGUCAGUAGAGGGUCUCUCACUAGGGCCAUCGUCAGUGAUAGUGUUUCUGUCAGUAGAGGGUCUCUCACUAGGGCCAUCGUCAGUGAUAGUGUUACUGUCAGUAGAGGGUCUCUCACUAGGGCCAUCGUCAGUGAUAGUGUUUCUAUCAGUAGAGGGUCUCUCACUAGGGCCAUCGUCAGUGAUAGUGUUUCUGUCAGUAGAGGGUCUCUCACUAGGGCCAUCGUCAGUGAUAGUGUUUCUCCACAGUAUUCUUAUCCAAGGUCAACCAGUGACACCUGCACCUGCAGUAAGGGAACAUGUUCAGGAUCAAAUGGUUCCAACUUGUUGCAAACAUACAGUACCAGUCAAAAGUUUGGACACACCUACUCAUUCAAGGGUUUUUCUUGUUUUUACUAUUUUCUACAUUGUAGAAUGAUAGUGAAGACAUCAAAACUAUGAAAUAACACAUAUGGAAUCAUGUAGUAACCAAAAAAAGUGUUAAACAAAUCAAAAUACAGUGGGGAAAAAAAGUAUUUAGUCAGCCACCAAUUGUGCAAGUUCUCCCACUUAAAAAGAUGAGAGAGGCCUGUAAUUUUCAUCAUAGGUACACGUCAACUAUGACAGACAAAUUGAGAGAAAAAAAUCCAUAAAAUCACAUUGUAGGAUUUUUAAUGAAUUUAUUUGCAAAUUAUGGUGGAAAAUAAGUAUUUGGUCACCUACAAACAAGCAAGAUUUCUGGCUCUCACAGACCUGUAACUUCUUCUUUAAGAGGCUCCUCUGUCCUCCACUCGUUACCUGUAUUAAUGGCACCUGUUUGAACUUGUUAUCAGUAUAAAAGACACCUGUCCACAACCUCAAACAGUCGCCAACCAAACUCCAAGACCAAAGAGCUGUCAAAGGACACCAGAAACAAAAUUGUAGACCUGCACCAGGCUGGGAAGACUGAAUCUGCAAUAGGUAAGCAGCUUGGUUUGAAUAAAUCAACUGUGGGAGCAAUUAUUAGGAAAUGGAAGACAUACAAGACCACUGAUAAUCUCCCUCGAUCUGGGGCUCCACGCAAGAUCUCACCCCGUGGGGUCAAAAUGAUCACAAGAACGGUGAGCAAAAAUCCCAGAACCACACGGGGGGACCUAGAGAAUGACCUGCAGAGAGCUGAGACCAAAGUAACAAAGCCUACCAUCAGUAACACACUACGCCGCCAGGGACUCAAAUCCUGCAGUGCCAGACGUGUCCCCCUGCUUAAGGCAGUACAUGUCCAGGCCCGUCUGAAGUUUGCUAGAGUGCAUUUGGAUGAUCCAGAAGAGGAUUGGGAGAAUGUCAUAUGGUCAGAUGAAACCAAAAUAGAACUUUUUGGUAAAAACUCAACUCGUCGUGUUUGGAGGACAAAGAAUGCUGAGUUGCAUCCAAAGAACACCAUACCUACUGUGAAGCAUGGGGGUGGAAACAUCAUGCUUUGGGGCUGUUUUUCUGCAAAGGGACCGGGACGACUGAUCCGUGUAAAGGAAAGAAUGAAUGGGGCCAUGUAUCGUGAGAUUUUGAGUGAAAACCUCCUUCCAUCAGCAAGGGCAUUGAAGAUGAAACGUGGCUGGGUCUUUCAGCAUGACAAUGAUCCCAAACACACCGCCCGGGCAACGACGGAGUGGCUUCGUAAGCAUUUCAAGGUCCUGGAGUGGCCUAGCCAGUCUCCAGAUCUCAACCCCAUAGAAAAUCUUUGGAGGGAGUUGAAAGUCUGUGUUGCCCAGCGACAGCCCCAAAACAUCACUGCUCUAGAGGAGAUCUGCAUGGAGGAAUGGGCCAAAAUACCAGCAACAGUGUGUGAAAACCUUGUGAAGACUUACAGAAAACGUUUGAUCUGUGUCAUUGCCAACAAAGGGUAUAUAACAAAGUAUUGAGAAACUUUUGUUAUUGACCAAAUACUUAUUUUCCACCAUCAUUUGCAAAUAAAAUCAUAAAAAAUCCUACAAUGUGAUUUCUGGAUUUUUUUUCCUCAUUUUGUCUGUCAUAGUUGACGUGUACCUAUGAUGAAAAUUACAGGCCUCUCUCAUCAUUUUAAGUGGGAGAACUUGCACAAUUGGUGGCUGACUAAAUACUUUUUUCCCCCACUGUAUAUAUUUAGAUUUGAGAUUCUUCAAAGUAGCCAUCCUUUGCCUUGAUGACAGCUUUGCACAUUCUUGGCAAUCUCUCAACCAGCUUCAUGAGGAAUGCUUUUCCAACAGUCUUGAAGGAGUUCCAUCUGACCCUGGUGUACAGUAUAUCUAUCUAUCUGACCCAGAUGUACAGUAUAUCUAUAUAUCUGACCCAGGUGUACAGUAUAUCUAUCUAUCUGACCCAGAUGUACAGUAUGUACAGUGGAGAGAACAAGUAUUUGAUAACCUGCAAAAUCGGCAGUGUUUCCUACUUACAAAGCAUGUAGAGGUCUGUAAUUUUUAUCAUAGGUACACUUCAACUGUGAGAGACGGAAUCUAAAACAAAAAUCCAGAAAAUCACAUUGUAUGAUUUUUAAGUAAUUCAUUUUCAUUUUAUUGCAUGACAUAAGUAUUUGAUCACCUACCAACCAGUAAGAAUUCCGGCUCUCACAGACCUGUUAGUUUUUCUUUAAGAAGCCCUCCUGUUCUCCACUCAUUACCUGUAUUAACAGCACCUGUUUGAACUCGUUACCUGUAUAAAAGACACCUGUCCACACACUCAAUCAAACAGACUCCAACCUCUCCACAAUGGCCAAGACCAGAGAGCUGUGUAAGGACAUCAGGGAUAAAAUUGUAGACCUGCACAAGGCUGGGAUGGGCUACAGGACAAUAGGCAAGCAGCUUGGUGAGAAGGCAACAACUGUUGGCGCAAUUAUUAGAAAAUGGAAGAAGUUCAAGAUGACGGUCAAUCACCCUCGGUCUGGGGCUCCAUGCAAGAUCUCACCUCGUGGGGCAUCAAUGAUCAUGAGGAAGGUGAGGGAUCAGCCCAGAACUACACGGCAGGACCUGGUCAAUGACCUGAAGAGAGCUGGGACCACAGUCUCAAAGAAAACCAUUAGUAACACACUACGCCGUAAUGGAUUAAAAUCCUGCAGCGCACGCAAGGUCCCCCUGCUCAAGCCAGCGCAUGUCCAGGCCCGUCUGAAGUUUGCCAAUGACCAUCUGGAUGAUCCAGAGGAGGAAUGGGAGAAGGUCAUGUGGUCUGAUGAGACAAAAAUAGAGCUUUUUGGUCUAAACUCCACUCGCCGUGUUUGGAGGAAGAAGAAGGAUGAGUACAACCCCAAGAACACCAUCCCAACCAUGAAGCAUGGAGGUGGAAACAUCAUUCUUUGGGGAUGCUUUUCUGCAAAGGGGACAGGACGACUGCACCGUAUUGAGGGGAGGAUGGAUGGGGCCAUGUAUCGCGUGAUCUUGGCCAACAACCUCCUUCCCUCAGUAAGAGCAUUGAAGAUGGGUCGUGGCUGGGUCUUCCAGCAUGACAACGACCCGAAACACACAGCCAGGGCAACUAAGGAGUGGCUCCGUAAGAAGCAUCUCAAGGUCCUGGAGUGGCCUAGCCAGUCUCCAGACCUGAACCCAAUAGAACAUCUUUGGAGGGAGCUGAAAGUCCGUAUUGUCCAGCGACGGCCCCGAAACCUGAAGGAUCUGGAGAAGGUCUGUAAGCAGGAGUGGGCCAAAAUCCCUGCUGCAGUGUGUGCAAACCUGGUCAAGACCUACAGGAAACGUAUGAUCUCUGUAAUUGCAAACAAAGGUUUCUGUACCAAAUAUUAAGUUCUGAUGUAUCAAAUACUUAUGUCAUGCAAUAAAAUGCAAAUUAAUUACUUAAAAAUCAUACAAUGUGAUUUUCUGGAUUUUUGUUUUAGAUUCCGUCUCUCACAGUUGAAGUGUACCUAUGAUAAAAAUUAUAGACCUCUACAUGCUUUGUAAGUAGGAAAACCUGCAAAAUCGGCAGUGUAUCAAAUACUUGUUCUCCCCACUGUAUAUCUAGCUGACCCAGGGUGUACAGUAUAUCUAUCUAUCUGACCCAGGUGUCUUCUCCUCUGUGCCAGGUAUCUGUUUGCUCUCCAGAUAAAGCAGGACCUCUCUACAGGCAGUCUGACCUGUAAUGACAACAGCGCCGCCCUGCUGGUCUCCCAUUUACUGCAGUGUGAGUCAAGCCUAAUCAGUUACACCUAGAAAGGGAACAGAAGCCAACGGGCCGAAAUCAGUGUUUUAGUUUUCUGUUGUAAAAUAUAUAUUUUUAUGUUUUGCUAUUGCACAACCCUGCCAUUCACUGUUUAGAUAACAUGUAUUCCUCCAUAACUUGCUACAUUUGCACACACUGUAUAUAUAUUUUCUGUUGUAUUUUUGACUUUAUGUUUUGUUUACCCCAUAUGUAACUCUGUGUUGUUGUUUUUUAUCGCACUGCUUUGCUUUAUCUUGGCCAGGUCGCAGUUGUAAAUGAGAACUUGUUCUCAACUGGCUUACCUGGUUAAAUAAAGGUGAAAUAAAGGUGAAAUAAAUAAAUAAAUUUAAAUAAAUCCUUGGAUUAUAGCCGUAACUCAAGCCUCAAAUUAACCUACCUGAAAUGACUGACUUAUUUGCUGUGUGUGUUUGUACAUAUGCCUUUGUUUGUGUGUGUGUGUUCCUCCAUAUGUGUGCGUCAAUGCGUGAGGCAUGCAUGUGUGCUUCCGUCCGUGCACGUGUGCUUCCGUCCGUGCACGUGUGCUUCCGUCCGUGCACGUGUGCUUCCGUCCGUGCACGUGUGCUUCCGUCCGUGCACGUGUGCUUCCGUCCGUGCACGUGUGCUUCCGUCCGUGCACGUGUGCUUCCGUCCGUGCACGUGUGCUUCCGACCGUGCACGUGUGCUUCCGUCCGUGCACGUGUGCUUCCGACCGUGCACGUGUGCUUCCGACCGUGCACGUGUGCUUCCGUCCGUGCACGUUUGCUUCCGACCGUGCACGUGUGCUUCCGUCCGUGCAUGUGUGUAUGCGUGUGUGUUGUGCAGCAGAGCUGGGAGACUACGAGGAAGAGUUGGACAUCCACCAUCUAGAGCUGAAACAAUACGUUCCUAACCAGGAAUACCUGGACCACAAGAUCAUGAAGUUCCACAGGAAACACAGGUAAGCACUUAGCAUUAGCAUCUACUGUCACUGCCAUAGAGAUCCUAUGGUCCCUGUGGAAGCGCUUCCUUAGCAUUAGCAUCUACUGUCACUGCCAUAGAAAUCCUAUGGUCCCUGUGGAAGCGCUUCCUUAGCAUUAGCAUCUACUGUCACUGCCAUAGAGAUCCUAUGGUCCCUGUGGAAGUGCUUCCUUAGCAUUAGUAUCUACUGUCAAUGCCAUAGUUAUCAGCGUUUAAAAUUACAUUUUGGUCCACCAGCCACUGUGGCAGGUAGAUUAAAAAUCUACCAGCCACUCAGAUUUUUUACCACCCAUUUUUUCUGCUUAAAAUACACCAACAAAACACAAAGAAACGGAGGAGCAUGCUUUGUAAAGUUCCUAAAACAAGAAAUGUAUUACUAGUAAGAAAUAAUGUGGCAUAUUGUUUAAUUUCAUUUUUUUGUAUCACAGAUGAGACAAAACAUUUCACCUGCCCCUUUAAGUGCGGGAGGUUACCGUGGUAACACGACUGCAGUCAUGUUUGUGCCUAUGAGAUUGAAGUCUUCUCUUCCCUAGCAGUUGAAACUCAAACAUUGAAAAACAGCCUAGCUGGUGAACAAAACAAUGUAAAUAGCCAAGAAACACAAGGACAAAGUCUCACUUCACUAGACUUUAGCUUCAAGUAAAUUAGACCAACUUUUAUGCCUGUGUUUAGCGCUUCUAAAAAUGCACCUUUCACUCAGCUCUUCACGUGCGCACGGCCCCCCCCAACGCCAGGCAGUGUUGCAGCGUGAGGUGAAAUAGACUUUAUAGGAUUCGUAGUUCUUUGACUUUGUGCGAUUAAUUUACCAGAUAUGAAACAAAACGGCAGAAAUACUUUGAAAACAGCUACUGCAGCAUUUAUUUGACUAUAAAUGUGAUCAUACUCGACAAUUUCUAUUCACAAAUGCGAGUGAAAUGCUCGCACUGUGGGAACCCUGACCACCAGCCAACGUGGCUGGUGAAACAGACAUUUGACCUGCAAAUAGGUAAAUCACUUCAGGUGGGUUAAUUUGACCUGCAAGUUACGGCUGUAAUCCAAGGGAAUGGAAUAAAUGUUAUCUACACAGCGAAUGGCAGGGUUGUGUACACAAUUAGCAAAACGUUAAAAAAAAGUAGUUUACAACAGAAAACCAAAAACACUGAUUUCUUAUUAGACAAGUUCCCUGCCUGUUUCGUCCCGUUGCCUUCUGUUCCCUUUCUACCUGCAGGUGGCGGGUGUUCAUUUUAGGCCCUGAUAGAGAUCCUGUGGUCCUUGUGGAAGCACUUCCUUAGCAUUAGCAUCUACUGUCCCUGCCAUAGAGAUCCUGUGGUCCUUGUGGAAGCACUUCCUUAGCAUUAGCAUCUACUGUCCCUGCCAUAGAGAUCCUGUGGUCCUUGUGGAAGCACUUCCUUAGCAUUAACAUCUACUGGCCCUGCCAUAGAGAUCCUGUGGUCCUUGUGGAAGCACUUCCUUAGCAUUAACAUCUACUGGCCCUGCCAUAGAGAUCCUGUGGUCCUUGUGGAAGCACUUCCUUAGCAUUAGCAUCUACUGUCCCUGCCAUAGAGAUCCUGUGGUCCUUGUGGAAGCACUUCCUUUGCAUUAACAUCUACUGUCCCUGCCAUAGAGAUCCUGUGGUCCUUGUGGAAGCACUUCCUUAGCAUUAGAAUAAACAGUAAGGUCACCAUCUAUAGGUGAAACAGUAUGUUCUUAACCAAGAGUACCCGGACCACAAGAUUAUAAAGGUUCCAUAGGAAAUGCAGGUACAAACACACACACACACACUGAUUAAUUAUCUGAUUGCCUGAUUGGUUGAUUGGUUGAUUGGUUGAUUGGUUGAUUGAUUGUUCCAGGGGUCACUCUCCUGCGGAGUCAGACGUCCAUCUCUUGGAGGUUGCUAGGAAACUGGACAUGUACGGGAUCCGCCCCCACCCUGCCCACGAUGGAGAGGGCAUGAGACUCAACCUGGCCGUCACACACUCUGGAGUACUGGUGUUUCAGGUACACACAGUCUUGUAUAACUAACCUUCUGGGGACACACAAUUCAGUCCCAUUCAACCCUACUGUAAACAUAACCCUAGCCUUAACCCUAACCCGAAAAAUUUAACCCUGAACCUAAUCCUAGCUCCUAAUCCUAACCCUAAACCUAAUCCUAGCUCCUAAUCCUAACCCUAAACCUAAUCCUAGCUCCUAAUCCUAGCUCCUAAUCCUAACCCUGAACCUAAUCCUAGCUCCUAAUCCUAACCCUGAACCUAAUCCUAGCUCCUAAUCCUAACCCUAAAACUAACCCUAGCUCUGAACCCUUAACCUAAUUCUAACCCUAACACUAAUUCUAACCUUAACCCCCCUAGAAAUAGCAUUUAACCUUGUGGGAAGCAACAAAAUGUCCCCAGUUGGUCAAAUGUUUGUUCAUUUACUAUUCUUGCGGGGACUUCUGGUCACCACAAGUAUAGUCAAACACGUCCACACUGACCAGUCUCCUGUCUCUCCUCUCCAAUGUUUGUUCAUUUACUAUUCUUGUAGGGACUUCUGGUCACCACAAGUAUAGUCAAACACGUCCACACUCUGACCAGUCUCCUGUCUCGUCUCCAGGGUAACACUAAAAUUAACACCUUCAGCUGGGCCAAGGUCCGUAAACUGAGCUUCAAGAGGAAACACUUCCUCAUCAAACUACACGACCAAAUAGGGGUGAGAGUCCUAAUACCCAAGCAUGUUCUAUUCAACUUUGUAAGACCGUUUCAAAUCAUAUGAAUCCUCUGUUCUCCAAGUGUAUCUAGAUAUCUCACAUUUUCAAGAAUUAAUACGUGUUUUUAAAGGAAACUUCAAGAGAAUAUAUAUUUUAGUGUGUACGACUUCUUAAAAUAUAAAACUUCUUAAAAUAUAUUUACCUGUGUCUCCACGCGUGUGCCCCCCCCCCCCAGCCCUUCCGUAAGGACACGGUAGAGUUUGCGAUGGCGAGUCGAGACGUCUCUAAGUCCUUCUGGAAGACCUGUGUUGAAUACCAUGCCUUCUUCAGACUGGCCCGAAGAGCCCCAGUCACGCCGCAAGACUCUGCUGUCCAGCAAGGGGUCCAGCUUCAGAUACAGGUUACACACACUGAGUACACACACACACACACACACUGGGUACACACACACACACACUGAGUACACACACACACACACACACACAUACACUGGGUACACACACACACAGAUACAGGUACACACACUGAGUACACACACACACACACACACACUGGGUACACAUACACACUGGGUACACACACAAACACACACACACUGGGUACACACACACACACUGAGAACACACACACACACACUGAGUACACACACACACACACACACACCACACACACACACAACUGGGUACACACACACACACUGAGUACACACACACACACUGGGUACACACACACACACACACACACACACACUGAGAACACACACACACACACACUGAGAACACACACACACACACUGAGUACACACACACACACACAAUGGGUACACACACACACACACAAUGGGUACACACACACAUGCAAGCACAUACACGUGCAUACAUGAAAGCCACACUCACUCACACACUGUGUUCAGCUGAUUGAAACUAACUGUUUACUGUUUCAGUGGCAGGACCCAGAAACAGCUGUUGGAGUGUAUGGGGACAGGAGAGAGGAAACGCAUGCCUUUCCAGAGGUGGGAAGACUGUGUGUGUGUGUGUGUGUGUGUGUGUGUGUGGUGUGUGUGUGUGUCUGUGUCUGUGUCUGUGUGUGUGUGUGUGUGUGUGUGUGUGUGUGUGUGUGUGGUGUGUGUGUGGUGUUGUGUGUGGUUUGGUGUGUGUGUGUGUGUGGUGUGUGUGUGUUGUGGUGUGGUGGUGGUGUGUUUUGUUUUUGGGUUUUUUGGGGUGGUGUGGGGUUUUGGGGGGGUGUGGUUUGGGGGUUUUUUUUUGUUUGUGUGUGUAAAGUCUUUUUUUGUGUUUUGGUUUUGUGUGUUGUGUGUUGUGUGUGUUUUGUUUUUUUUGGGGUUUUUUUGUGUGGUGUGGGGUUUUUGUGUGGUUGUGUGUGUGUGUGUUUUUUGGUUUUUGUGGUGUGUGGUGUGUUGGGGUUUUUUGUUUUUUGGUUUGUGUGUGUUUGUUGUUUUUGUGUGUGUGUUGGGUUCCCCCCUUUUUCCCAAACCUUUCCCUUAGGGGCCUAAUCAGACGCCAGAAGUUUAAAAUUUCCCCUCCUACCCCUCACAGACGGGCCCCCAAAAAAGGUAAAAUAUCAUCUAAUUUUUUACAUAGCAACCAUGGAGCCAAAAAUUGGGAAAUUUUAAAAAUUAAAGUUUUUUGAUUAGGGGGCGUCACCCCCCCACCCUAUCUGAAAAGUUAUUGAUUGGGUCGCACCACAAACCCCCCUAUCUGAGGGUUUUUGAUUUGGGUUUUCAGACCACCCCCCUACUGAUGUUAUUGAAAAGGGAUUCCCAAAACCACCCUAUCGGAAAGUUAUUGAUUUGGGUUUUUUCACCACCCCACCCCAUCUGAGUUUUUUGAUUAGGGUUGUUUCCCCCCACCACCCCAUCUUUAAAGUUUUUGAUUAGGGGUUUUUCACCACACCACCCCCCAUCUGUGUUUUGGGUUAGGGUUGUCACCACAAAAAACCCUUCCCGAUGUUUUGUUAGGGUUUUUUUCCCCCAAAACAAACCCCAUAUGAUUUUAAUGAAUUUAAAAUCAAACCCUACUAACCCCCCAUAAAAUCCCUCUGGAGGAGAAUAUUGAGGGAAAAUGGGGGGUUUUAUGGAGGGGAUAUUUUAGGGGUUUUAGGAGGGGGAAUAUGGAGGGGUCAUUUGGGGGGUUAUGGAGGGGUAAAAUGGAGGGGGAAAUGGAGGGGUUUUUGGGGGUUUUUGGGGUUUUUAUUUUUUUUUUUGGGGGUUUGGGGGAAAAUUUUGGAGGGGUUUGUGGUUUUUAUUGGGGUUUUUUGGGGGGUUGGUGGGUUUUGGGGGGUUUGGGGGGUUUGGGGGGUUGGGGUUUGGGGGGGUUGGGGUGUUGGGGGGGUUUGGGGGGUUUUGGGGGGUUGGGGGGUUUGGGGGGUUUUGGGGGAUUUGGGGUUUGGGGGGGGGUGGUUUCUGGGGGUUUUGGGGGGUUUGGGGGUUUGGGGGAUUGGGGGUUUGGGGGGGUUUUGGGGGUUUGGGGGGUUGUGGGGGUUUUGGGGGGUUUGGGGGUUGGGGGGUUGGGGGGCCUUGGCGGGAUUUGGGGGGUAUUGGCGGGGGUUUGGCGGGCCUCUGGGGGCCCUUUGGGGUGGGUUUGGGGGCCCCUGGGGGCCCCCCUUUGGGGGCCCGGGCGGGGGCCCCCUUUGGGGGUCCCCUUUGGGGUUUGGCGGGGUCCUUUUGGCCCGGGGCCUCGGAGGCGUUCUGGGGGGCCUUGGCGGGUUCUGGCGGGGGCUCUGGCCGGGGCCUCUGGGGGGUCUCCUGGGGGGCCCCUGGCGGGGCCUCUGGCCCCGCCUUGGCGGGGGGCCCCUUUCCCGGGGGCCCUGGCGGGGGCCCCUGGGGGGGCCCCGGGGGGGGUUUGGGGGGGUUUUGGCGGGGGCCCCGGGGGGGCCUCGGCGGGGUCUUGGGGGGGGCCCCUUUGGGGGGGCCUCGGCCGCGCCCUGGCGGGGCCCCCUGGCGGGGCCUCUGGGGGCCCCCUGGCGGGGGCUCUGGCGGCGCCUCUGGGGGGGUUCUGGCGGGGGCCCCUUGCGGGGUCUCUGGGGGGGUCCUGGCGGGGGCCCUUUGGGGGGGUCUCUGGCGGGGCCCCGGCGGCCCUCUGGGGGUCCUGGCGGGGCCCCUGGGGGGGCCCCUGGCGGCCCCCUCCGGGGUCUCUGGGGGGGUCUUGGGGGGUCUCUGGGGGGUCUCGGCGGGGCCUCUGGCGGGGCCUCUGGGGGGGUUUCUGGGGGUCUCUGGCGGGGCCUUCGGGUUUUUGCGGGCCUUGGCGGGUCUUGGGGGCUCUCUGGCGGGCCCCCUGGGGGGCCUCUGGGGGGUCUCUGGGGGGUCUUGGGGGGUCUUGGCGGGGGCCCGGGGGGCCUCUGCGGGGCCCCCUUUGGGGGGUUCUGGGGGGGCCUUGGCGGGGUUUUCUGGCGGGGCUCUGGCGGGCCCUGGCGGGGCCUCCCUUUGGGGGGGUCCUGGGGGGGCUCUGGGGGGGGUCUCUGGGGGCUCUCUGGGGGGGGGUCUGGGGGGCUCUGGGGGGUCUCUGGGGGGGCCCUGGCGGGGCCGGCGGGGGCCCCGGCGGGCCUCUGGGGGGUCCCCCUGGGGGCCUUGGGGGCUCUGGCGGGGGGGUCGGGGGGGUCUCUGGCGGGGCCUCUGGCGGGGCCUCGGCGGGGCCCCUCUGGCGGGUCUCUGGCGGGCCUCUGGCGGGGUUCUGGGGGGGCCUCUGGCGGGUCCGGGGGGCCUCUGGCGGGGCCCUGGCGGGCUCUCUGCGGGUCUCUGGGGGGCCUCUGGGGGGGUCUCCUGGGGGGGCCCCCGGCGGGGUCUGGGGGGGGUCUCUGCGGGGGUUUUGGCGGGGGCCCCUGGCGGGCCUCGGCGGGCCUCUGGCGGGGCCCCUGGCGGGGUCUCUGGCGGGGUCCCCCCUGGGGGGGCCUCUGGGGGGUUUUCUGGCGGGGCCCGGGCGGGGGCUCGGGGGGCCCCCUGGCGGUCUUGGCGGGGCCCCUGGGGGGGGCCUCGGGGGGGGGGGGUUGGCGGGUCCCUGUGGCGGGGCCCCCUUUGGGGGCCUCUGGCCGCGCCUCCGGGGCCUUGGCGGGGCCCUGGCGGGGCCCUGGCGGGUCUCUGGGCGCCCCUGCGGGGGCUCUUGGGGGGCUCUCUGGGGGGUCUCUGGCGGCGCCCCCCCGGCGGGGGCUUGGCGGCGCCUUGGGGGGUCUUGUCGGGGGUCUGCGGGGCCUCGGGUCUCGGCGGCUCUCGGCGGGGGCCCGGCGGCGCCCCUGGGGUUCUGGCGGGGCCCCUGGCGGGGGCCCCUGGGGGCCCUUGGGGGCGCUCGGCGGGUCCUGGGGGGCCUUGGCGGGGCCCUGGGGGGGCCCUUUGGGGGGCCCUGGGGGGCCCUGGCGGGUCUCGGGGGGGCCUCUGGGGCGCCUUGGCGGGGUCCCUUUGCGGGGCCUCUGGGGGGGCCUCUGGGGGGGUCUCUGGGGGGGUCCUGGGGGGGCCUCGGGGGGGUCCUGGGGGGGCCUCUGGGGGGGCCUCUGGCGGGGUUUGGCGGGGCCCCCUUUUGGGGGCUCUGGGGGGGGCCCUUGCGUUCCCCGGGGGGCCCUGGGGGGUCUGUGGCGGGGGCCCCUGGGGGGCCCCCUGGGCCCCGCCUCUGGCGGGGGCCCCUGGCGGGGCCUCUGGGGGCCUCUGGCGGGGUCUUGGGGGGCCCCUCUGGCGGGUCUUGGCGGUUCUGGCGGGGGUUUUGGGGGCCUCGGCGGGGUUCUGGCGGGGCCUCUGGCGGGGUCCUGUGGGGCCCCGGCGGGGGUUGGCGGCUUCUGGGGCCCCCCCCCCCGCCGGGGUUUCCCCCCCCUCUGGGGGGGCCCCUGGCGGGGCCUCUGGGGGUCCUGGGGGCCUUGGCGGGGCCUCUGGCGGGGCCUUGGCGGGGGUCUGGCGGGGUCUCUGGCGGGGCCUCUGGGGGGCCCCUGGCGGGUCUUGGGGGCCCUCUGGGGGGGCCUUGGGGGGGUCUGGCGGGCCCCCUGGCGGGCCUCUGGCGGGUUCUGGCGGGGUUUUGGCGGGGCCCCGGCGGGGCUCUGGCGGGGCCCGGGGGCCCUCUGGGGGGUCUUGGCGGGCCCGGCGGGGCCUCUGGGGUUUCCCUUGGGGGCCUUGGCGGCCCCCGGGGGGUUCCCCCUGGCGGGGGCCCCUGGCGGGGCCUCUGGCGGCUCUGGCGGGGCCUCCGGCGGGGCUCUUGCGGUCCCCUGGCGGGUUCUUGGCGGGGCCUCUGGCCGGGGGCUCUGGGGGCCUCUGGCGGGGUCUCUGGGGGGGCCUCUGCGGGGGCCUUUUGCGGGGCCCUUUCGGCGGGCCCUCUGGCGGGCCUCUGGCGGGGUCUCUGGGCGGGGCCUCUGGCGGGCCUCGGCGGGGUCCUCUGGCGGGGCCUCUGGCGGGUCUCUGGCGGGUCUCUGCGGGGUCCUCUGCGGGGCCUCUGGCGGGGUCUCUGGCGAGGGGCCUCUGGCGGGGGCCUCUGGCGGGUCUCUGGCGGGGCCUCUGCGGGGUUCUCUGGCGGGCUCUCUGGCGGGUCUCUGGCGGGGCCUCUGGGGGGGCCUCGGCGGGCUCUGUCGGGGCCUCUGGCGGGGUCUCUGGCGGGUCUUUGCGCCCUCUUCCUCCGUUGGCCGCUCCGUCCUGGGUCUGCGUGCUGCGCCUGUUGUCUUUGUUGUAGUUGGCCUACCUAAUGGCCACAUUUGUUUUCAAUAUAAUAAUUGAAUGUGAACAUACCAUUGACAAAGACUGACGUGUCGUUGAAUGUCGAUGCCGACUCCAGAGUCUGUCUUCCGACUGUAUUCUGUCAGUAUCCACUCGGUCAUUCUGAGGGGGAUAUGGAGGGGUAUAUAUCCACUCUGUCAUUUUGAGGGGGAUAUGGAGGGGGAUAUAUCCACUGUCAUUCUGAGGGGGGAUAGAGAGGGGAUAUAUCCACUGUCAUUCUGAGGGGAUAUGGAGGGGGAUAUAUCCACUGUCAUUCUGAGGGGGAUAUGGAGGGGGAUAUAUCCACUGUCAUUCUGAGGGGGAUAUGGAGGGGGAUAUAUCCACUGUCAUUCUGAGGGGGAUAUGGAGGGGGAUAUAUCCACUGUUAUUCUGAGGGGGAUAUGGAGGGGGAUAUAUCCACUCUGUCAUUCUGAAAGUUUUUCCUCUGAUGACGAAACGCAGAGGAUGACGUGGUAGUGUUUUGGUGUGCGUUCGUUUUAUCCUGCCAGGGGUGCUGGGUCAGCGCCAGCAGCGUUUUCAUCUUGUUAAACUCGUGGAGCAGUUUAACAACAAAUUCUUUUUUGGGGGGAAAACAGAGUUUUUCACAAUGCAUUUCGUUUUAUAGCUUAUCUCAUGCUAUUCUAUACAUUUUGCCAUGAAGAUGAUAGAACAUUUUGCAGUUUUAAAGCAAAUUUCCUGCUAUUCCACACAGUAUGAAAAAAUAUAUAUUUUAUGUAUGCACUGGAUAAGAGCGUCUGCUAAAUGACUAAAAUGUAAAUGUAAAUGUAAAUUUUGCUAUGAGGCUGAGAGAAAAUGUAGCAUUUUAAAGCUAAUUUCCUGCAAUUCUACACAUUUUGCCAUUGCCUAUGAUGUGUUCAUAUACUUUUAUUUUAUAUUUAAAAAAAAAUGUUUUAUUGUGGGGGAUGAAUCAACCUGUUCUGAAUAUUGGGGGGGGGGACAUGUCCCCCCCAUCCCCUGUGGCAAUGUCAGCCAUGAGUAAAACACAGAGCAGUCUAAACUCUUUGAUCCUUUAAAAACCUGCUUCAUGUAAAAUAUUUUGUGCUACAGCUUGGAAAAUAAAUACAAUGUGACUCUGGAUGACAACAUAAGACAUUUUGUUUCCAACUACGGUAUCUAGGCAAUACUGGUAUCGUGACAACCCUACCAAUGACAAUUUCAAUAAUCCACGGUAACAUGUCCAUCCACAUCAUGUUCUCCACCAGCUCUACAAGCAGUCCCACCCGUUACCGCGCCCCGGAGGCCACGCCCUCGCUCACAGCGAAGGGGAAGUGGAACGACAACGGGGAGUGGGAGGAGCUAACCCUAAACGCAGCCAAUCAGCUGUCGAGGUGGUCUUCUCCACGGAACUCCAGCGGUCCCGCCUCCCACAAGCUUUCCACCUAUCAACGGCCUCUCCUAAGCAAAGGUCCGCCUCUACAUCGGUAGACAUCGGGGAAAGGAGGGCGGGGGGGCAACGGCAGGGAGGGGCCGGGCAUAGAUUCGGAGGAGGGGUUUACCAUGGAAACAGCAGGGCCAAACGUCGGCCCAAACCCCAGUCCGCCUCCGACGCGCAGCAAUUGGUCCUCCUGUAUCCCAAUAACCCCGCUUACAAGUUCCAUCCAGUCCUUCCAACAUUCCCAUUGGCCAGUUAUCCGCACGGACAGGCCUACUUUUUGGACGGCGCCGUCACCUCAUUGGAGCGUCUCCCGCAGAUGCACCGCUUAGACCACGCCCCGUUGGAGGGGCUGACACGCCCUUCUCUCUACUCACGCUCUGAUUCGUCCUCCCUGUCGCCACUCAGGCGGAAUCUCCGCCCAUCCGGGCUGGGAUUGGCCAGGGUCUACCAGGGCGGGCUCUCGAGCGGAAACGCAGCCAGGAGAUUGGACGUCGGGAGAAUAGAGGCGGGGCAUUACAGCGACGACUCCAACUUCCUGCCUGGACUUCCUCGUCGUGCCACCAGCCAACCGGACGUCAAGUUCCCCAGAGUAGUCCCCGCCUCCAACCCCGCCUCUGAGUUCCGUCCCCUAGGUUACUACCCCCACCUAUCACGUCACCAGACUCCACAAAGACCCUCCUACCUGCCUCUAAACUCCUCCCCCUUACCAGACCGGCCCACCUCACUGUGUGUCCUAGGGGGAGUCGGUGGAAGCUACAGCGAUUCAGACCCAGAGGUGUUCUAUCCCUACUACAGCCCAGCACCCCCGUUGGGUAAAGUGGUACGGUCCAAUGCUCUGGCUAGGAUGAGGUUCUCCUCUGGGAGUUUACAACUGGAGGAGGAAGAGGAGGGGGAAGAGGAAGAGGAGAGGUAUAGCAGUGGGGGAGAGGGGAAGCCUCGGAUUACGAAAUUGAGACUGUAGAAUAGUGUUGUGUGACGUGUGUGUGUGUGUGGUCAGGAUGACAUUUGGUAUAUUCAGGAUGCUUUGUACAUUGAAUGGACACUCCAAAACGUAUACAGUGUUGAAUUGAACGUUCGGUUACAGACAUGUGCCCGUUUUGUACAACUUUACAAAAAGUAGCGUAUCCUGUUUUGAUUGAAGGUUUUGGUACAUGUCUGAAUUAAUCUGUCAAUAAAGAGUGUAAUCUGUAUGAAGAUCACGGUGUCUUUACUUGAGAACGAACAUGAUCUGAACAUCAUAUUCAUAAAGCAUCGACACUGAACAAAAAUUUUACUCAGCAUGCAACAAUUACAAAUAUUUUACUGAGUUACAGUUCACAUAAGGAUAUCACUCAAUUGAAAUAAAAUGCAUUAGGCCCUAAUCUAUGUAUUUCACAUGACUGGGAAUACAGAUAUGCAUCUGUUGGUCACAGAUACCUUAAAAAAAAAAAAAAAAAGUAAGGGCGUGGAUCAGAAAACCAGUCAGUAUCUGGUGUGACCGCAAUUUGCCUCACGCAGCGCUACACAUCUCCUUCGCAUAGAGUUGAUCAGAAGUGGAGUGCUAAUCUAGAAAUCAGUUUUAUCUUUCAGAUCAUAAUAAAUAAAAGAUUAUAUGGAGCAGGGUUGGGGUCAAUUCCAUUUAAAUUCAGGAAGUAAACCAACAUUACAAUUGCAAUUCUCUUCAAUGCUUUUCAAUGGAGGAAACAUUUGAAUUGGGAGUUUGGUAAUUUUUUUUUAAAUUUACUCGAAUUGAAAUGGAAUUGACCCCAAACCCUGAUAUGGACCUGAUGCUAGAUCAGCAUUUCUACUUUGAGACACUUUUUGAAUACGGGCCCUGGAUAUAAAAUCAAUACCCAUUUUACUAAACAUUUUUACUACAUAGAUUCAGAGGCUUUGACUAACAAACCAGCACGUAGCCGAAAACACUGCAACACACAAAUGUUAAGGCCAAAAUGUAAUAUUUAUUCAAAAAAAAAAAUCCCACACAAAUGAACUUUAAAAACACACACAAAAGAUUGUUAAACACAAGCACACAUCUUCCCCUCAGCAUUUCUCCCGACACACUCUUUACUGUUACCAAUAAACGUAUAAUUUUUUUUUAUCAAACUAUAUUUACAACAUUACUCUUUCAACAUCUAUUGAAAUCUAAAAAUGGAUCAUGCAACAAUUUUCUAAAUUUCCCAGACAAAUUAGAUAUGUGUGAUCUACUAAUCCCAUAUAAAAACAAGAAAUGUAAUAUUUAAAUGUAUCCAAUAUACAGGUAACGUUAAAAAGCAGGUCCCUGAGUUUUUAAUUUUGUUGAAAAUGUGGAGGAAAUGUGAAAAACGACUCUAGAUGGCACUGGUGUGGGUGCUACGGAACUGGAAUGGGUGAUACGGAACUGGAAUGGGUGCUACGGAACUGGAAUGGGUGCUACGGAACUGGUGUGGGUGCUACGGAACUGGAAUGGGUGCUACGGAACUGGAAUGGGUGCUACGGAACUGGAAUGGGUGCUACGGAACUGGAAUGGGUGCUACGGAACUGGUGUGGGUGCUACGGAACUGGAAUGUUGGUGGGAUGACAUUCUAACUGAAUUCUGGAAUAGAACACUGGGGAUAAAUGUCAACAAAAACCCUACACUCCUGAACAGAGUUUUGACACUCCACUGGCUCCUAGGUUAGGAUCCCUAUCCGUCUCCUUGGCCUUAACCCUUCAAUGUUUUCCGAUCUGUAAGGUCGAAUCAACAUAGUGGAAGCUCCACCACUACACUGAUUAUACCUAUCAAGAGCCUUCAGACAUGCUAACAUUGAGGGGGUUAAGACGAAGGGCAAGGGGUUAGACGGGUAGUGAUUUGUAACCAGCUGAGAGUUAAUGAGUAAUAUACUCAGUGAAUGAACAGGCGACAGACGAGCUAGCUGGUUGGGGAAAGUACAUCUCUAUGUGUCGAGGUAGACAGUACAUCGUAGCCUUUUCCACUGUGCUAAGACCACUGUGCUCAGUGAAUGAACAGGCGACAGACGAGCUAGCUGGUUGGGGAAAGUACAUCUCUAUGUGUCGAGGUAGACAGUACAUCGUAGCCUUUUCCACUGUGCUAAGACCCAAGAUAGUCAGCAAAGCAAGAUAGUUGAGUUACAUUACUGGGGUGUGUGUUUGGACAGACAGCGAAGCUUUUGACUAGACUGAACUUUUACAUUUCUUCUUUUCUUCCCUCUUUCGUUUAGCUGGAAUCUACCUCCAAUCUCUCUCUCCUUCCAUCUCUUCUCCUUUAUGUUGGAGUGAAACUGAGAGAGAGAGAGAGAGAUUUAUUAGAAGAGAGAGAGAGAGGGGGGGAGAGAGAGAGAUUUAUCAGAAGAAGAGAGAGGGGGAGAGAGAGAGAGAGAGAGAGAGAGAGAGGAUGAGAGGAGAGAAACUUACUUCUGGAAGCGUGCUAUGAUCCUGGCGACCAUCUUGUCUGUGACUCCAGGACAGACGUCUUCAGCCAGCUGGAUGUUUCUCUCCAACUCCUCUAUAGCAUGCCUCUGUUCAGCACCGUCCCGGUGAUCAAACUUCAGCUGCAACAUAUACAUUCAGAAAUGUCCAAUAACACUGUCUGAACAUAUCAACAUGCAUCUGAAGCAUAUUUACCUCAGAGAAGACUGUGGCUUUACUGAUGGACUUCAAGUGCUGCUCCUGGUCCUGGUCCUGGUCCUGGGGGGGGGAGAGCGUGAGAGAGAGAGGUUAGCUAGGGAUGUUAACAAGGAAAUCCUCUGUGCAGACGAACCAACCAACACACACUGACCGCUCCACUGAGCACCUUCCUGACGUCCUUAUCUUUCUUCCGUACGGUGGUGAACGACCACUCGGGCUGUGACGGGCUGUUCUCCUUGUUACUGGACUCACUGAGGAGAGAGAUGAAAGGGUUACACACACACAACACCCCCCCCUCACCCCCCCACCCCACCCCACACCCCCCUAGACCUACCCAUCGUCGUCUGAGCUAGAGUCGUCAUCACUGUGUUCUUCAGUCUUCCAUCUCUGAAACCUGUCUAUCAGUUCAGUCAGGUAGGAAGUCUUCUUGCAGUUCUUUACUAUGAACUUAUGUUUCAACAACUCUCCGGCUGAGGGUCUCUGGAGGAGGGAGGGAGGGAGUAGGAGAGAAAGAGGAGAGGGAGGGAGGGAGUAGAGUAGGAGAGAAAGAGGAGAGAGAGGGAGGGAGUAGAGUAGGAGAGAAAGAGGAGAGAGAGGGAGGGAGUAGAGUAGGAGAGAAAGAGGAGAGAGAGGGAGGGAGUAGAGUAGGAGAGAAAGAGGAGAGAGAAGGAGUAGAGUAGGAGAAAAGAAAUAGAAGAAUUGGGUAGCGAAGCAAAAUAUAUUCAACCAACAGGUGGCAGCAACAAGCAAGAUUUCUCACACAGGUUGAAUCUCAAUUGUAUUUCCUCGAUUCCUAACAUCCUUUCACACUUGAUGAAGAUCAGCAGGGAGCAACCUCAGAUCUUCUCUCAUCAAAAUUCGUUUUUUUUGAGAAAGAGACAAGGAGAUGAGGACAAGAGGUAGGAAGUAAACCCAUGGACACGCCCCCCCCCCCCCCCCUUCCAAUGUACUUACGAAGACUGGAUCCUUAUUGAGACAGGAGUCAGUGAACUCCUUGAAGCUCUUGGAGAAAUCUCCCCCGAGGGAGGGGGGACUGCUCUUCGGGAUCAGGAAGAGAACCCUCAUAGGGUGUAUGUCACUGUUUGGAGGCUCUCCUUUAGCUAGCUCUAUAGCUGUUAUACCUAAAGACCAGAUAUCAGCCUAGAGGGGUGGGGAGAAUGAACAGAACAACAACCACCACAGGGUUGAACAUUUAAACAACAACAACCACCACAGGAUUUGAACAUUUAAAAGAACAACAACCACAGGGUUGAACAUUUAAACAACAACCACCACAGGGUUCAUAUCACUAUUAGGAGGUUGGCCUUUAUCUCUGGAGUAGUGAUACCAGAUAUCAGCCUGGAGAAGGGGGGAUCUCUCUAAAUAGGACUCUAAUGACAGAGUAUUCAGAUACACUCCAUUACACACAAAACACAAGUCUUUCACUCCCUCCCUGACACUUAAUGGCAUAUAAAGUUGAAAGGUCAACCAUAUACACACUGACUCAACCACACCACCCUCCUAGACACUCAACCAUACACACACACACACACACACACACACACACACACACACACUGACUCAACCACACACACACACACACACUGACUCAACCACACACACACACACUGACUCAACCACACACACACACACACACACACACUGACUCAACCACACACACACACACUGACUCAACCACACACACACACACACACACACACACACUGACUCAACCACAUACACACACACUGACUCAACCACACCACCCUCCUAGACACAAAGCAACCUAACCUAACCUAACCCCCCUCCUAGACACAAAGCAACCUAA